AAUACAUCUUAAUGAUUUGGUUAUCUGUACAUUAUGCUUGUCAUUUUAUCAGAAUAACACUUUGUUGAGUUUUUUACAAUUCAUGUUCCAUUAAGUUUCGUUAUAGAAAUAACUAUAAUUAGUUAGUCAAUAUUAAACACAUCAUACAUUUUCUAAUCAGAGGAACAAUGUCAUCAAAUGAAUCACUAAUAUCUAAAGUGGUUGUUCAUCCUUUAGUAUUGCUAAGUGUAGUGGAUCAUUUUACUCGUCUUGGAAAAAUUGGUAAUCAAAAAAGAGUAGUAGGAGUGCUACUUGGUUCAUGGCAACAAAAUAAAGUACUUGAUAUUUCAAAUAGUUUUGCUUUACCAUUUGAUGAAGAUGAUAAAGAUAAAUCUGUAUGGUUCUUGGACCAUGAUUAUCUUGAAAAUAUGUAUGGUAUGUUUAAAAAAGUAAAUGCUCGUGAAAAGGUUGUUGGAUGGUAUCAUACUGGUCCUAAACUACAUCAAAAUGAUAUAGCUGUCAAUGAGCUUGUACGACAAUAUUGUGUAAAUAAUACUUCAGUAUUAGUAAUUGUUGAUGUGAAACCUAAAGAUGUUGGUAUACCUACUGAAGCUUAUAGAGUUGUUGAGCAGAUUCAUGAUGAUGGAUCACCUCCAUCUAAAACAUUAGAGCAUAUAGCUAGUGAAAUUGGAGCUGAAGAAGCAGAAGAAGUUGGUGUCGAACAUUUAUUAAGAGAUAUAAAAGAUUCUACCAGUGGUUCUCUCAGUCAACGUGUAGCUAAUAUUAUAUUUGGUGCUAGAGGCUUGUAUAAGCAAAUGGUUGAUAUAAAAGAUUAUUUACAACAAGUAGUUGAUGGAAAGUUACCUGUGAAUCAUCAAAUUAUUUAUCAAUUACAAGAGAUAUUCAAUUUACUACCAGAUGUCGAUAAAGAAACAUUAGUAGCUGCCAUGCAUGUUAAGGUGAAUGAUCAUAUGCUUGCUGUUUACUUGGCUACAAUGAUAAGGACAAUUAUUGCUUUACACAACUUAAUCAACAAUAAAAUUGCAAAUAGUGAUGAUGAAAAAAAGCAACUGAGAGAACCUGAAGAAAAGAAAGAAGAUGUAGGCAAAAAAAAGGAAAUUAAAGCAAAGUAAUUGUUAUUUCUACUAAAAUUUUGUAAAUAUAUUGCAAUAAAAUGAAUGUCAUUUCUAAUUGAAAAUCCGAAAUCAAUAAUAACAUUUGUAACAAUUACCAUGAAAUUUUUUAUUUUUUUCAAACUCUAUUUUUAAAUCUUUAAAUGUUGUCUUAUAUUUUUGAUUUCGUAUAGUAUCAAGUUAAAAAAUAAAUUAUUCUAUGUUUAUUUAAUGCAAACUAAUUACUCUACUAAACUAUUUAAUAAUCAUUAUUUUUUUAAUAUAAUAAAAUUAAUUUAAAAAUGUUCCAUA